AUGACCUUGACAAACCCUCCCUGGUCGUUCCUGCGAGCUCUACUGGCUCUGCUUCCCUGCGCCGCCCUUGGAUGCAGCGGAAGAAUAGCGAGAAGGGCCACGGAGUCCGUGUUGCUGGCGCCACACAGCAGCAGCUCUGCUUGGUUGCACCCGGCAACAACUAGCCGACAUCAGAGACGAAGGCGGGCGACGCCGCCAUGGGGCAGCGGCGGCGGCGGCGGCGGCACGAGCAGCUGCUGGUGCUCCGUGACUAGUUCUCCUGUUCACUCUGGGAGCGGGGGCGACGGAGGGGGUGCACCUCCGAACCAGGGAACGGGUGGGAGAGGGGGCAACGGCAAUCGCCGGAGGUCUGCGGACGGAGGAAUAGGCAACUUAGACGGUAGCGACAGCGGCUGCAGCGGUGGGAGCCAGAACAACAACAACAACAACAACAAUAACAAUAACGCCUCUGGUUCGAGCGCCAGCAACAGCGCCGAAGGAGGGAACGAAGCGAAGAGCGCGUUAGAGCGACAGUUCUCGCAGCCCGCGGCGGCGAGAAGAGAGAGGAUAAGCGAGGGCCUGGGCAAGGGAGUGCCGUCGCCCCGCGAGAGACUCCGACUGCAGCAGGAGAACCUUGACAUGAGGUGGAAUAUGUCCAGGAAGGCAAACCAGACGGUCUGCUGCAGGCAAUGCGCGGGGGAAGGGGUAGUAGAGUGCAGGUUCUGCGCCGGCACUGGCAUGUUCAAGAUCGGGAGCGAGCUGAUGGUCGACCCCGCCUCCGGAAGACCCCCGCCGUGCCCCGUGUGCAGUGGCAAGGGGGAGGAGGUGUGUUCCCGCUGCAACGGGAUAGGGAGGAUCGCCUCCUGGCUCUUCAAGAGCGAGAGGAGAAAGUGGAAGGAUGAUGACGACGACAACUUCUCUUCGGGAGGGGGCCGGCGCUGA